AUGGCGGCUGGUGACACUGGCGCAUCGCCUACCCGCCUCUUCUUUGUCAACGACAAAAACUCCGGUCUCAAAUUUUUAGUGGACACUGGUGCUGACGUGAGCGUUUUGCCAUCUUCAUUCUUCCACCGUCGUCGGCAACGAACUUCCCGCACUCUGCAAGCCGUGAAUGCAACGCCCAUUGCUACGUACGGAGAGCACUCCCUUACUUUGAACCUCGGACUUCGAAGGACUUUUGCUUGGGUGUUCUUGGUUGCCGACCUCCAGUACCCCAUUCUGGGAGCGGACUUCCUGAGCCACUUUGGCCUCUUGGUCAACAUGAAGAAGCGAGUGUUGUGGGACGCAGAGACCAAGCUUCACGUCAACGGACUCCCGUGCCAUCAAGAAGUUCCCAAUCGUGUCUCUCUCUUCAAGAGUCCCUCCAACCGAUACGAUGGUAUCCUACUGGAGUUCACAUCUCUCCUGCGGCCGUGCAACACAGAACAUCCAAUUGGCCAUAGUGUGACUCAUUUCAUCGAGACCACUGGACCUCCCGUGCACGCUCGACUCCGUCGUCUCGCACCAGAGCGCCUCGCUAUCGCAAAAAAGGAAUUUGAGCACAUGCUCCAACUCGGUAUUGUUCGUCCUUCCUCUAGCGACUGGUCGUCUGCACUGCACAUGGUGCCGAAAAAGACGGGCGACUGGAGGCCCUGUGGGGAUUACCGGGCGCUGAACAAAGUUACCAUCCCUGACCGGUACCCCAUUCCGCACAUUCACGAUUUUGCCUGUAAUCUGCACGGAACAUGCCUUUUCUCCAAGAUAGACCUCGUCAAGGCAUAUCAUCAAAUUCCGGUCGAGCCCUCACACAUCCCGAAAACUGCCAUUGUAACACCCUUCGGUAUGUUUGAAUACCUUCGGAUGCCCUUCGGUCUGCGUAACGCUGCGCAAACCUUCCAGCGUUUCAUAGAUCAGGUUUUGCGAGGACUUCCAUUUGCGUUCGCCUAUAUUGAUGACAUACUGGUUGCCAGUACUUCACCGGAAGAACACGAGACUCAUCUCCGCGCAGUUUUCUCUCGGCUGGAGAAGUACGGAAUCGUCAUCAAUGCAGCUAAAUGUGAAUUCGGCAAGGCAUCCCUGGAGUUCCUCGGCCACCUCAUCACCAGCGAAGGUAUUCGUCCCCUGGACAAGAAGGUUGAAGCCGUACGGAAUUUCCCAGCGCCAACGUCUUUCCGCCAACUGCGAGAAUUCUUGGGGAUGAUUAAUUUUUACCGGCGUUUCAUCCCAUCAUGCGCCCACGCGUUACGACCUCUGACGGAUAUGCUGCGAACGCCUCAGAAGAAAAGUGCUGUUUUUUCUUGGUCCCAGGACGCUAACGCUGCUUUCGUCAAGGUGAAAGAAGCGUUGGCAGAUGCCUCAGUGCUGAUGUUCCCGAAGCACGGCGCUCCCACCAACGUUAUGGUUGAUGCCUCGGACAUUGCUGUCGGCGGCGUUCUGCAACAGUUCGUGGACAACCAAUGGAAGCCACUUGCCUUUUUCUCACAGAAGCUUUCGCCGCAGCAGGCUCGCUACAGCACUUUCGGCCGAGCAAACGGAUAUACACCCCGAGAGGCCCGGCAACUCUCUUUCAUCAGCGAAUUUACCGUCGACAUCCGUCAUGUCAAGGGCGCGGACAACCCAGUUGCCGAUGCACCUUCUCGAAUGGACGUCAAUGCUACCUCGCUUCCUCGUCUGGACAUUGAUUACGUCCGAAUGGCUGAGGAGCAAGAAUCUGAUGAAGAGCUUCGCCAGCUUCGCAGCUCUUCCACGUCCCUUUCUUUUGCGGAAGUCCCACUUCACGGUUCCCCCCGCAAGUUGAUCUGCGAUACCUCAGCUGGUAGAGAAAGACCUUUCGUUCCAUCAUCCUUCAGACGGCAAAUUUUCGACAGCAUUCAUUCCCUCGCCCACCCUGGAAUUCGCGCGUCCCAAAAGCUCAUCACCGCACGCUUCGUGUGGCCGGCCAUGAAUGCCGACGUGCGGGCUUGGGCCCGCUGUUGUCUCAUCUGCCAGCGUGUCAAGGUGCAGCGGCACACCACAACGCCUUUCACCGCUUUCCCUCUUCCCGAUGCCCGCUUUUCUCAUGUCCAUAUUGACAUCGUAGGACCUCUACCACCAUCACGCGGCCACUCGUACAUCCUGACGUGCGUCGAUCGCUUCUCCCGACGGCCGGAAGCAAUACCCAUCAUCGACAUCACAGCUGAGACUGUCGCAAGAGCCUUUCUCCACGGUUGGGUAGCCCGCUUCGGCGUGCCAGCUACCAUUUCUACUGACCGUGGACGACAGUUCGAAUCCCACCUCUUCGCGGACCUCCUGCACCUUCUGGGAACACAUCGCAUACGAACUACCGCUUACCAUCCGCAAGCAAAUGGCUUAGUCGAACGUUUUCAUCGUCAUCUGAAGGCCGCUCUCUCGUGUAUUCAAGACCGCGCAUCCUGGUUCGAUGCCCUGGCAACUGCCCUUCUCGGAAUCCGCACCGCCUUCAAGCAAGACCUGGGUACCUCCAGCGCGGAGCUUGUGUACGGCACUCCACUUCGGCUUCCAUCUGAAUUCUUCGAGCCUGCCGCUUCUCCCGAUCUGUCGGAUGCGUCUUCUUUUCUUGCAAAGCUUCGUGCGACCAUGUCCCGAAUCCGGCCCUCCCCGACCCGCCGUCAUCUUCGAAGCCAUACGUUCGUCGCACCGGACCUCGCGACGUCAACGCACGUUUUCGUUCGGCGCGACUCCGUCCGACGCGCAUUGCAACCACACUACGACGGCCCCUACCUCGUCCUGGAACGGCACCCUAAGUGGUACCGACUGUCCAUCCAGGGCCGCCCGGACACAGUAUCUCUCGACCGUCUCAAACCGGCCCACGUCGACGCGUCGUCACUGGCCACUUUCACCCUGCCAGGUGACCUGGGCCCUGACACCCCCACCCAUCCGCAAAGCGUCGCAACGGCUACUACCCCUGCUCUCGUUCCUCCCAAAACGGUAUCCUGGAGCCCCAUUCUACGCCGUUCUUAUCGCCCAGGCUUCUCUUCUAUGGGGGAGGGGGAGUGA